AUGUGCAGUAUUUUACAGAAUACAAAAUGUGAAUGGAAACAAAACUGGACUAAUGCUGAUGGAGUCAAAAGAGAACUUGAUGCCGGGAAGCCACCAAUCCAAUUUUUCUAUUUUUGCAAAGGAAACCGGACUGAAAAUUGUGGAAUUUGGUUGGAUGAGAACCUGCAACCUAUCGAAACCUCCAGUACAGCUGAUCGACUAGCUGGAGAAACUUUCAUUAUCGAAAAAAUGAGCAUUCAAAUUCUCGGGGAUUAUGUGAAGAUUCCAGAAGAGAAAGGAGAUAAGAAAUUGAUAAUUGAGUAG